CCCGCCACCCACAGUAACCCACCCGUGGACCUUGGGUAACUACCUACCUACCCUACCUAUAUUCGGACGGUAGACUGUAUACCCGCAGGUUGCCAUGUCUGUCCCUCCGACCCCGACUACGGACAAGGGCCCGGGCACCAGGGAAGCCUUCAUCCCGCUCGUCUCCGUCGUCGACUUCCACCAUGCGCGUGGGCCCGAGGUGGAGAGAUGGUUCGGCGUCGAAGAGGGUCGUGACCCAGCCGCCGAAUACGACUGGACCCUGUUGCCUUUCAUGGCCCUGAGCGACGGUGCCCACGCACUAACCGAGGACUUCUCCUACUUCACCCUCCUCCGCCCCGCCACCGACUCGGCCCCCGCGACCUCGCUCUUCGGCAUCUCGUGCACCCGCCAGAUGGACGCCUCCCAGCUGCUCAACCGGCCCGCCGAGGUGACCCGCUCGACCGUGCAGAAGGCCGUCGUGGUCAUCGCCGACAGCCCCCAGCACUUCGGCAUGCUGCGCGAGCGCCUCAGCGUCGUCACCAAGGCCUGGUUCGUCCAGCGCGAGUUCACCGACGUCGAGAUCCUGCGCCGCUUCCAGGAGAGCCUCGCCGACGAGAAGGCCCGCGGCCUGCUGCACGAGGACGAGGACCGCGACCAGUACCUCGGCCUGAGCCUGCGCGAGCUGGUGCGCGAGUUCCGCUGGCAGACCCUGGUCCUGCUCAAGUGCUGCCUGCUGCAGCCAAAGAUGCUCUUCUUCGGCACGCGCUGCGAGCGCCUGUGUCUGACCCAGUUCUCCCUCAUCUCCUUGAUACCCCGCCUCCUCCACAACCUACAGGACUCGGCAGGGCCAGAGCUGGAUAACUACGAGAAGAGCCUGACAACGCCGACGAGCCUGAGGACGAGUGACCGGAAUUCUCUGCUGACCUAUAUGGGGCUGCCGUUGCAAAUAUUUGGCAAGGGAAGUCUGUUCGGCCCCUACACCCCGCUUCAGCAGCUCGACAUCCUCGCCGACUUCGGCACCAAGUCCUACAUCGUCGGCAGCACCAACUCGCUCCUCCUGCAGCAAAAGGACCGGUACAGCGACAUCCUGAUCAACCUGGACGAGGACACCAUCAACGUGACAUCUCCCUCCCUAAAAGCCGCUCUGCAGCUCUCUACCCCCGAUCGCCGCUGGAUCGAUUUCAUCACGCAAAACGUCAACGACACGUGGGACGACGCCAACCCGUCCCGCCCCAAGACCAUGGGUUACGUCGGCAGCGAGGAGUUCAUCCGCGUGCAGUUUGAGGAAUACCUGCUAUCGCUCAUCUCCUCGGUGAAGUACCGCGCCCACCUCGCCCGCCACGCCCACAACCCGCGCAUGCUCCUCCCGGACAUCGACGGCGACCCCUCGGCCGACUUCGCCCCGGACUUCGUCGACGCGUGGGCCCGCACCGAGAACUUCCGCCUCUGGAACGCCCAUACCGACUCGCACCUGUUCGACGUCGUCGAGCCCAAGCACCCGUGCGCCGGCGGCCUGACCAUCGACGACAUCCAGCGCCGCAUCACUCAGCAGGUCCAGGAUUUGCACUGGGAUGAGCGCUUCGCCCAGGGGCGCGAGGUGCUCGGCCGGAACCUGGCCGCCGGCAGGGAAAAGGCGAGCACCCUGUUCGGGAAGCUAUACUCCGACAUGGAAGCACUACGGGAGGCACAGCGGAGGCGAAACGAGGAGGCACGACAACAGCAACACCAAAACCAACCAUCCCAACCGAGCACGACCGCACCUACCACCGGUAGCCACCCACAGAACGGAGAAAAGAACGGAACCGGCGCAGCCGCCGCGCCAGCUCAACACACCAUGCAAGCCGUCGGCAGCAAAGCCGGUGCCUUCGUCAACAGCUGGGCCGCCUGGGCCGGCGAGAAGCGCCGCGCCGCCUGGGGAGGCGGAGGUGGCGGCAGCAGCGCCCGCUCCACUACCGACAACAACACCACCCCCGCUACUUCGACCGUGUCCUCCCCGCGCCACAGCACCAGCGGAUGGAGCGCCGCGUGGGGGCGGGGCAGCAGUUCCAACUCUAGUAGCAACAACACCACGACCAGGAAUCGAGGCGGAGGCGGAGGCGGGGGCGGGUAUGACGCGCUCCCGUCGGCUCGCGGCGGCGGGGUAAAGUCGUCGGUCGUUGGCGCCGACUCGGAAUCGGAGUCGGAGUCGGUCUUGUCCGGGGCGGGGUCGGUGUCGGGACACCGUGCGGCGGGGCGCGGGCUGUUGGACCGCAGGCGGGGGAGCGUGGUGGGGUCGGUUAGUGGGGAGUCGGAGUCCGUGUUCUCGUCGCCUGGGAAGGGCGGGCGGCGGUCGGUUGAGAGGGGGUUGGAUGCCGUUUCCUCGGUGGGUGGUGUGGGCGGCGGUGUGAAGACGAAUGGGGCGGCUACUCCUAUUCCAGCCCCGGCUCCGGCUCCGGUUACUUCACCCAUCCCCGCCCCGCCUCCCGCUCCCAUCCCAACACCACCACCACCACAAACAACACAACCCGCCACCGGAGAAGAUGAACCCACCGCAACCAACCUCCCCCUACGACCAAAGAAACAGCCGCCGGCGGACAACACGGAUGACGAGGACGACGACACAGACGACGACGACCAACAACAAACGACACCGGGGAUCGCGCGCAAGCCGGCCCCGCUACCACAGCCCGAACCGGAGUCGGACUCGGAAUCCGACCCGGAACCGUCCCCGCCCUUGCUGCCGCCUAAUCCGGCGGCUGCUGAGGCGGCGGAGGUGAAGGGGGCGUGGGGGAGGUGAUGAUCGGGGGGGG